UUUAAAGUUAAACAUCGACACUCAAACCCGCGAUCCUUCGUUCCUGACCAUAACGCAAAUCUAAUAGACUAUGGGUUCAUUAUAACCACUCUUUUAUGCUGGUCAGAAAAUCUUACCUAGGCGCUAUCUGAAUUACGCUAAAGCUGUCUAUUUGCGUGGUUCGUAGCGGCGCUGGUGGAUUGAUCCAGGGAAACUUUAAUCAGACUACCCUAAACUCACUGUAUCUGACACGGUGCUCUCAUAAUUACUUGCCUUCAUCCUCGGCCCCUUUCGUCGGUGUUGCAGAUGAAUUGUGAGCUACAACCUGUCGCGUCGGGAAUUCCUCUGGUUCGGGUAUCCAUCCAAGAACCGGCAAAUUCUAGCCGAAUAUGGUGAUGAUGGAUUCUGCACAUGGCAACGAUGUUGUCAUGGCUGAGAGCGUUGUGGAAAAUGGCGGGAAUGGAUUUAUCGACCCGAGGGAUAUGCACAUCAUCGAGCAUGGCCUCACCGAGAAUGGCGACGGCAUUGGGCAACUAAAUUUUGAAGAAGAAGAAGAAGAUGCUGCAGAUAUGUCAGAUAUUUCUGAACAUUCAGUGGAUUCGCAGGCCUUAACGUUUACCGGGCGAAAGAAACACCUGCCCACUGGAUGUUGCUACGACGACCGGAUGAAGUUACAUGCAAAUGCUGAUUUCUCCGUUGAUCCGCCGCACCCCGAGGAUCCAAGGAGGAUACAAUCAAUAAUGAGGGCAUUCAAGGAAGCAAAACUCGUUUAUACUGGCCCGGAAGAGAACCUUGCAGGAAUCUUGAAGAAUUCGCCAACCGCGUAUAUGUAUCGAAUUGCAGCGAGGGGCGCCACGCCAGCAGAGAUCUGCACGGUUCAUACGCCACUGCAUUUCAAGUGGGUUUCUGACCUCUCUGGCAUGUCAUCGGAUGAGCUGCGCGCUAUGAGCAAGGCCCUGGACACAGGGCGAAAGUCGCUAUAUGUUGGGAAUUACACUUAUGAAGCCGCACUGAUUGCCGCUGGUGGUGCUAUUGAGACCUGCAAGAACGUUGUGGCGGGCACGGUCAAGAACGCAAUUGCUGUUAUUCGACCUCCUGGACAUCACGCCGAGAGUGAUGAGGCUUUGGGAUUCUGUAUGUUUAACAACGUUCCCGUUGCGGCACGUGUUUGCCAGGCCGACUUCCCUGAUACCUGUCGAAAAGUCCUGAUUCUUGAUUGGGACGUACACCACGGCAACGGAAUUCAGAAUAUAUUCUACGACGACCCGAAUGUUCUAUAUAUAUCACUCCACGUGUACAAAGACGGAACUUUCUACCCCGGCUUCCCUGAUGACCCAUCAGUGCCUGAUGGAGGGCUAGGAAACGUUGGUGCUGGCCCCGGCUCUGGGAGAAAUGUGAACAUCCCGUGGCACGCGCAGGGCAUGGGUGACGGUGAGUACCUCGGCGCCUUCCAGAAAAUCGUUAUGCCCAUCGCCCAGGAAUUUAACCCAGACCUUGUCAUCGUCGCUGCUGGCUUUGACGCCGCGGACGGCGAUGAGCUGGGCAGCUGCUUUGUUUCGCCUGCGUGUUACGCGCACAUGACCCAUAUGUUGAUGUCGCUUGCUGGCGGAAAAGUAGCCGUCUGUCUCGAGGGCGGGUACAAUCUCAAAGCGAUCUCGCGGUCUGCUUUGGCCGUGGCGAAAACAUUGAUGGGAGAGCCGCCGGACCGCAUUGAGUUGCCGCCGAUCAACAAGGAGGCGCUGAAGAUCCUGCAUCGAGUUAAGGAAGCCCAUGCGCCGUUCUGGGAGUGCAUGCAGCCGGGGAAGAUUAAUGUGAAAGAAGAGGAAGACGCGGAUGGGGCGAGGUUUAACGCUGUUAUCCGCGCAUAUCAAUAUAAGGUCCUCCGAGAGAAGUACAAGAUGGUCGAUAUGUACGUUACGAGGGAUAAACUGGCCAAGGGGCUGGAGUACCAGGUGCUGAUCACGAGCGAGUUUCCGGCGGCAAAGAAGAUUCUUCUUAUCGUUCACGAUCCACCUGAACUCCUGGCUAUUUCUGAUCCCAUCGACUACUCCGUUGAGCCACAUAAUUCGCGGAUGAACGACGGUGUAAUGGCCUACAUUGACUGGGCCUACAACAACGGCUACGCGGUCAUUGACGUCAAUAUGCCCAUGCACAUCGAAGACACAGACGCGAACAUUGAAGAAGAAGGAUUUAUCGAGCGCCCAACCGAGAUGGUGCAUCGCGAGCGCAUGAAGGAGCUCAUGUGCUACCUAUGGGAUAACUAUCUUGAACUCCACGAUUCGGAGCACGUCGUGCUUAUGGGUGUUGGAGAUUCCUACAGUGCUGUUAGAGAACUGCUUGUGAAUAGAGAGUCCAAGCACAAAGUUCCCCUCGUCGUAUCCUUUGUCUCUGGCUCCCUGCGACCCGUUCGCAGCGAGACAGACGCCAGUCUUGCGCACUGGUACAAGAAGCAUUCCCGCGUGUAUGUAGCAGCCGAUCACCUGUGCUGGACGGAUCCGGAGUUGGAGCGGAAAGUGACGAAGAGCCGGUUCGGGCGCGUCGUGAAGAGCGGAGAAGAGGGGCUGAACAAUAUGCUCCGGGCGCAUUUGCCAGAGGUAGUGGGGUUGUUGGGGAGUGUGGGCGAGGAGGGUGAAGAGGAAUAGGGCGAUUCGGGGGCGAAGAUUUGAGAUGAGAGGGAGAGUACGUCGCUUCAGUGGGGCAUGAUGGGACUGUAUUCAAUGCUGCCGUAUAAAUAUAAACGGGCCUUUGGCAGUCUUUGGCAGUAAUAUAUAGUCUGCUAUACAUAUAUACACAAAGCUUCUAUUCACGUGGAUAAAGCCUGGAAAUUUCUGGAAAUAAGAUAUCAAUAUAUUAGAGUGGAAGAGAGGUUGGAGGUGGGGUCGGUAAGGGUGCAGAACUGCAACAGCUCUUUUCAUUUGAUAUAUAAUAGUGACUGAGCGCUAGCUAUUAUUCUAGUACGUUUAGACAGGUUCUAAUUCUCUUUUCUAUACUG